AUGAGUGAUUUCUUCGCAGCUGCUCCUGAACCCGCCACCCCUCUGGGUCGGUACCGGGUCCUCUCCUCAACAGCAGGAGUCCGCGUCUCCCCCCUCCAGCUCGGUGCAAUGUCCAUCGGUGACGCCUGGAGCCAAUUUAUGGGCAGCAUGAGCAAAGAACAAUCUUUCGCACUGCUCGACGCCUUCGUUGCCGCCGGUGGCAACUUCAUCGACACAGCAAACAACUAUCAGAACGAGCAGUCGGAGGCCUGGAUUGGCGAGUGGAUGGCCGCACGCAACAACCGCGACCAGAUCGUGCUAGCCACCAAGUUCACAACCGAUUAUCGCAGCCACGUAGUCGGGAAGGGCAACUCUCCUAACGCCUGCGGGAACCACAAGCGCAGCAUGAUCCUCAGCGUCCGUGACUCUCUCCGCAAACUCCAAACCGAUUUCAUCGAUGUCCUCUACCUCCACUGGUGGGACCACACCACCUCCAUCGAGGAAAUCAUGGACUCCCUCCACAUACUCGUCGAGCAGGGCAAGGUCAUGUACCUCGGGAUCUCGGACUCACCCGCGUGGGUCGUUGCCGCGGCGAACACUUAUGCGCGUGCGCACGGCAAAACGCCUUUCUCCAUUUACCAGGGGCGGUGGAACGUGAUGCGCCGCGACUUCGAGCGCGAUAUCCUGCCCAUGGCGCGGCAUUUCGGGAUGGCGCUUGCGCCGUGGGAUGUGCUUGGUAGUGGACAUUUCCAGUCCGCGAAGCAGAUCGAGGAGCGGAAGAAGGCGGGUGAGGGGCUGCGCAGUAUUCAGGGAUCUGAGCAGACGGAAGAAGAGGCGCGGAUCUCCGAGGCGUUGGCCACGGUUGCCGCUGAGCAUGGGAUUGAGUCGGUUACUACCAUCGCCUUGGCGUAUGUGCUCUGCAAGGCGCCGAACGUGUUCCCGCUAGUGGGAGGCCGCAAGAUUGAGCAUCUCCAUGAGAACAUCAAGGCUUUGUCGAUCCGGCUUACGGAUAAGCAGAUUGAGUUUUUGGAGGCGGCGACCAAUCUUGACAUUGGGUUCCCAGGUAACUUCAUUGGAGUUGAUCCGAGUACCAAUGGUGGCAAGGUGGGUUUCCUGAUGGGUGCUGCUGGUCACAUCGAUUAUGUACAGGCACCUCGGGCUAUUGGAUACGAGCCUAGUAAAUAG